CUUGGAAUAUGUGGCACUGGACUGUAACCUUAUGAAUCAAGGUUGUCCAUCACUGUAUGUAAAGUAACAUUAAUUAGACAAAGGUCCAUAAAAUGAAUAGGCCCAUAGGUUAUUCCCCUGCACAUCACAGUAAGGUGUGAUAGUGUUCACAUGCUGAAAUAUAGUCACCCCACUAAAAGGGAGUGGUCAAUGCAGUAUCUAGUGUGCAUGUCUAGGUACCGGUCAAUGGCACAUCCCUCUUCUGGUUGUUCAACACAUAAGCAGGUGUAAUACACCGAAAUCCAACACUAGUAUCUGAUCCCCGAUCAAGUCAAGUCAAGUCAAGUCCUCGAUGAGAUGUCUGUGAAGAUGGCACCACUCCUCAUACUCCUUCUAGCCAGCAUGCUGGCCACUGCAGAUGCCCUGCAGUGUUAUUCCUGCACACCGUGUCCUACUCCUGAAGUGACCAAUUGUUCUGCGGCUUAUGAUUCCUGUCUGAAAACAGUGCAUGAGCCGACAGGUAUUGUGGCUAAGUCUUGUGGCCUGAAAGCUGCGUGUGCUGUUGAUAUACCUGAUAUGAAGUCCUACUGCUGUGAGGGGGAUCUGUGUAACGGCGCUGAGGCGAUUGGGAAGAACCUCCUGCUCCUGCUGGUGCCCCUGGCCUCCAUCUUUGUGCUGUCCUAAGCUAACACCUACUCCAUCAGCUCCUUGCAGGAUCAGAGAGGUUUAUUUUCUUUGUUUGAAUGUGGAAGUGUGGUAAUAUUGCCGGCAUUUAAUCCUUUUGGAGUAAAACUUUUCAUCCAUUUGUUGUUUGAUUAAAAAAAAAAUGAUUUUGUUAUGCCUCACACCUCAACCAGAGAGUGGGGCACUGACUUUCAAUUCCUGCCACAUUAAAAAAAACUAACCUUGCUCAUCUUCACUAAACUGGUUUGGCUUGUGUACUCUCCGGUCCCCAUACUAUAUGGUGUGCUUCUGAUUAUGUCUUUAUUUACAUGUGGAUUUUCAAUAAAGUUGCCUGUUACGUAAAUGAGAUGUAAAAACUGAAACAAUGGUGUUUGUCUGUGUCAAUUGUUACAUUUAUGGUAGCCUCAGCAGCUGAAGGCUUGUGUAUUUGUGUGUAUGAAUGCACCUUGAGUCAACUAGUUGGGACAUGGUACUAUCAAAAAAAUGAUUCAUUUGAUUUAGUUUCAUUUGAAAGAACCAGCGGUCAAAAAAUACAAAUCCUUACCUUUAAUUAUAAACUUCCCAUAGACAUUAGACAAAUAUAAAAGUGAAGAAAAUGACUCAAUAAAAUACCUAGGAGUACAUCUGCCUAAGAACUUGGACACAUUGGUCAGGCUAAACUAUCAGCCACUGACCUCCAAAAUAAAGAGGACAUGGCAGGUUAUUCCUUUUUUAACCUUUGGCUCAAGGGUUGACUCUGUUAAAAUGAAUAUCCUGCCAAGGUUAUUGUAGGCCUACCUCUAUCAAACUUUACCUUUGGAGGUUGCAAAACAACAUUUUUCGGAGUGGGAUAAGCAAAUAUAUAGGUAUAUUUGGAAUGGUCAAAGGCCAAGGAUUAAAUAUAAAACUUUACAGCUCCAGAAAGAACAUGGGGCUCCCUUGCCUACUGGAAUACUAUUGCGCUGCUCAGCUAUGCCCCAUCAUAUGCUGGUGCAACCCUGGAUACUCUGCUAGGUGGAAGGACCUACAAUUAGCUAUGUGUAUCCCACUCCAGGCAAUUGUGUUGGACGAAGUACUAACCAAAUACCUUCUGGACAGGCCGAAUCCCUUUAUCAAUCUGUCCUUUAAACAUGGUUGGUUCUAACAUACACUUUUGUGCAAAUUAAGACACAUAAUCAGUGUUGACACCUGGGUUUGCUGGGUGUUUCGGGUCUCACAACAGACACCCUCGCACAGGAGGCCCAGCCAGGGUGAUCAAGCUUAUAAAUGCUUGUAUAUUGCUUAUAAAUCUGAAAGUAUUACUAAGACAAUGUCUUAAGAUUUACAAUUAGUAUUCCUUUCACAUUUGACUUUCUUUAUGUUUGUAUUAUUUGUUCACAAAUGAUCUAGAUCUGCAUCCUAGGGAUGCAAAACUAAUACCAAUCCUCUUAGCUGCAUGUAAAAAGGCCUUUGCCCGUAAAUGGCUAAAGCCCCAACCACCAUUCUCUAACUCACCGAUGAUGAAAUGUGCAUUCCGACACAGAAGUGCUUGAAUGUUUUUCUGUCAACUAGUUCCUUGAUAAAUAGAGACGGGACACAUCCUCAUGGAUGCGCUCCAAGUGCGCGCAUGCGGCUAUAGUUUGUGUUUACAUACUAAAAUUCUUGCAUUUUUGCUUAUCAGGUGCGUAGUAUAUACAUUCGAGCAAGUGAGAAACACAACAGGCUAGAACUACGGAAAAUGAAAGCGUUGAAUUUGUGUUCCCUGGCCUUUAAAAAAUGUUGAUGACAUUCAAAUGUAUUUUAAAUGCGAGCCCCAGUAAAGCCAAGUGUUACUAUAUGUUACCUAAAGGGAUUUUACGUAAUGUUUCAGAGACAUCAAAACCCAGACAUUUCCAUCAUUUCAUGAAAAUAUCCCAGGAAGCCCCGGACAGGUCAUGAUAUCAGGACAUGUCCUGGGAAAUAUGGACGUCUGGUCGCCCUAUUGUAGUGAAACGAAUAGCUCAAGUCAGAUUAUUGUCGCCACGUUUAGUGGGCCCAAUGCUACCAUCAAUUGGUGACAAGAUGAUACAUACAAAGUAGGUGGUGGUACGAUACAAUACAGAAUUAGCUUGCCACACAGCAUGGAGCUUUCACCAGAGGCCUUGUUUGCCCUUACAAGUCACCCCAACGUUCCACCACCCACCCCCUGCAACCCUGAUCUGCUCCCCUGCCGAGUGAAGG